AGUUUUUCACAGACAGCAACGCCAUUAAGGCGUCUUGCUCCAACCGUAGUAUUAUUGUGAAAUAUUAUUUCCCUGCAUCUAUUUUCUUAUUUAAGUUAAUCAUUCCUAUCCAACUCAAUAAAGAUUCGCUUCUAAACUACUUUGAGAAGACAGGGCGAAUUCCAAUGAAGUGCGUGUAAAAUAGUCGGACAAUUCAUCGCGGUUCGGGCAGACAGUUUUGGCGUUGGGAAAAUUAAACUUUUUUCGGAAACGUGGCAUCGAUCGAUUCUAUGAGGAGCAGAAAAAUUGUGGAUUACUGUGCAAAAAGGGCAUAGCUCCUGGAUUAUGAAGGAAAUGAUGGUGAUGAAAUUCGUGCAGACUAUGAUGAUUUUGUUGGUUUAUUUUAAUUGUGACAUAAUAUAUUUUAAAAAGAAUAUCAAUAAACAUUAAAGUGUAAAAGUGGUCUCAAAGGGAUUUCAAAAAACAAAAUUUGUCAAUCUUCGCAUUUCGACUUUUCAUCGAAUAAACUCUGUGCAGGACGCGUGAUCGAGCCUUUCAUCACUGGUCCCAACAAAACAUCUAUACAAGGGACGCUUUUUGAAGGUAGAACGGUCCAUCGUCCAAUAAGAUCAUCUGAUCUUGAAGCAUCCGGGGUAUGAACAUAUGAAUAUUUUCUGCUAUAGAGGGUGCUUUCGUCACACACUGUUUGUUGGUAUAUUUCAAACAUAACUAGUGAACGAGAGAUAAGGCCAGAACUGACUACGGUGUUAGUGCGAAGGGUACAGACGCUUGAACUGGUAUUGUCCGACCUGCGAGGCGAACUCUAUAUAAGUUGUCGAGGCCUCCGACGUAUUCUCAAGUUGGACAAAGCAGUCGCGCUCAAGCGAUUGGACGGAUCAGAUCGUCUGGCUAGUGGCUCUACCUGGAUAGUGACCAAGUGCAGUAAAUAACUAAGCGGUAGCUAAUAAAAAUAGUUGAUCUAUUUGCCUACACACGUUACAAACGGUGGUGUAGAUGAACUAUAAACAGUUUACGAACAGUGACAGUGACUUUUAAGUUGUACAAUUCGUUUUAUUUGCUUAGUUGAAUAGACCAACUGGUGGAUAUUUUCUGCAGCGGAACGAGGAAAACAACUUUUUUCUAAAGAGGAGCGCAAAACAAUUUUUCUUCUUGUGGCUUAGGCCGUUGUAUGGAGCGUGAAAAAUCAAUACCAUCAAAAGGGGACGAACCGGGCCUGACCGGCAAAGUGCAGGGCCGGAACGAUCUUAACGGUGCGAACACCAUUUCAUUCACGAGCGUUGAACGUCAGGAUGGCGCCUACGUACCAACCGUUGGCCGCUGGGGCAACGAAUGGCCAAGUUGACUCGCCGUCGUGCGCAGCGAACUUCCCUCGGUCCUAUCAUUGGACCGCGGGCUCGGUCAAUCCACCAGACGAUUGACCGACCCGGAAAGUCACAGACACUAUGUGACGGAAACGAAAUCGGGCCUUGCCCUUGGUAGUGCUAGCCUCGGAUGGACACUCGACGAGGAUAGCUAUAACCUGGCCAAGUUUGACCAGACCAAUGGAGCGUGGCCGAUUGACUCGCCGUUACCGCUACCAAAGUGGUCCAGCAAACCGGCCAAACCGUACAUCAUCGAUAAAGUGUGGCAGUAUGAAGAUUUGAUAGGCUUGAUUGAAACAAAACUACAGCGGAUGUUGGAGGAAACUCAUUACAAUACAGCCAAUAACUUUGUGGAUUUUCACAAGGCAUACCGCGGCGCUCACAGUGCCAACCCGGAUCUUAGAACCCAUUUCCAAAACUACACGAUACCGAUCAACCGUCGGCAUCACAUGUGUGUCAGUUUGGCAAUGGAGAUUGUUUCAAGACUAGCAGAACACCACCCGCAUAUUGCUGAACAUUUCUACCUGGUCUCGUGCGAAGAAGCAGUGGAAGAAUCAGAAGCUUACAUCAACCACUGCACAGAGAAGGACAUCGAACACGCCGGACCAGGUUUGGAGAAGGAACAUGCUCUGGUUGCGAUGCAAAUCGUUGUCGGAGGACGCGAAGGUGUGCUAAUUCUUGAUCCGGGUUAUCAUGUGGCACGCGCCGUUACUGUAAUGAAGGACCAAUGCUAUCCACAUUCCGGCUGGUUUACGCAAUCGGAUGAGCCUCACUGCAAACGAGAGUACUGUUACGUAUUGAGUCACCACAAUUCCAAUUUCAUCACUUGGACAGAACGCGUUACACGUGCCGGUAAGCAGCAGUACGAGAUGUCUUUAAUCUACAUUGAGCGACCCUAUCGGACAGCGAUCGACGUCACUGUUCGUAGAAAUCUCGUUUACAACUUCCGCUCGUUACUAUCUCGUGAUGCUAAAGGACGUGUAUGCGCCGGACUGUAUUUCCCAGUCGUUCUCAAUCCAACGGAUGCCCAGGUGACUCUUUUCUACGAUAGUGUCAACGAUACACAAGUAAAGCAAAAAUUCAAGUUCUCGUCGUUUAAAGAUCCUAAAAUCAUUCCUGAUAAUAUUAUGGCUCAUUUGGAAAAUCUUGCUCCGCAACUGCGGAUGGAACGGACUGACCUAAUUGAAUUGAUGAGUGAUCUAGCGGAUUCUAUGCAGGAUGCAGAAUUUGUAAAACAGUUGCUGGACAUCAACAAUUGCAUCACCGAAAUGUCGGCUGAUAACUAAACAGAGCAUUACUUUUCAUAACUUUCCACACAAACAUGCACUUAAUUUUCCCAACGUUAGAAAACAUUCGUUUAAUAUCUUCUUUAUAAAUACCAGCAAGUUCAAGGUUUUGUUUGAUUCGGGUAGAUUAAUUCAUUUAUAACCGAACGGUUUUUGUCAUCUACAGGACCGAUGAUCAAAACACUUUUCAAAAUAUAUCUAACCGCGUAUUCACUAUAAACGAAAGACACAAUUCAAAUAUGUAGGUAAAACACUUAAAACUUCUAAGCUACUUAUAUACAGACCAACACAAAAACUCACAAACACAAGUUGAAACGCUAGAUAUUUCUCAGUAACAAAACCUAUUAAGAAUAACAAAAAUUCCAUUCGUUAUCGUUUAUAUUACGGGAAGGGUCUUUAGACAGCAGGAUAGAUUUGAGUUACUUUGUUGUACGCAAGAAAACGUAAGAACUAUGACACUAAACUAGUAGGCAGAACCAUGCACGAUGAUUCGGUUAUGUUUCCCGUGGACAUUGUCUAAAAUACUACCAAGCAAGGAUCAUAUAGCUUAUGAAUAAAGAUUCCCACUCGGGAUGGCUUAAUAAACAACAA